AUGGUCUUUUCCUCAAUAAACAUCACGUCUAAAAAUACAACAAUAAUUAUUUUUCUGGUUAUUAUGAUUGCAUUAUGUAAACACUGUGAAUCACGAUAUACUUCAGAAAAAAAUUAUACUGUGGGCCCUGCAAAACAAUCAAUUUCAAAAAUGGACAACCUAUCUAAUUUGGUUUUGAGAAGAAUUGAUAAUAUCACCAAAUCUGGAGAAGACAAGAGAUUGUACAGAGGUUUGGAAUUAUCUAAUCAUAUGAAAGUUCUGCUGGUGAGCGAUCCAAACACAGAUAAAUCAUCAGCUGCAAUGGAUGUCAAUGUUGGUUUCUUGUCAGACCCUAAGGAAGUGCUUGGAUUGGCCCAUUUCUGUGAGCAUAUGUUGUUCUUGGGUACCAAAAAGUACCCCAAUGAAAAUGACUACAACAAAUUUUUGAGUGAACAUGGAGGUGGUAGUAAUGCUGCUACAUAUCCUGAUCACACAUUGUAUUAUUUUGAUAUAGUACCUGACAAACUUAAUGAAGCCCUAGAUAGGUUUUCACAGUUUUUCAUUGCUCCACUUUUCACUGAGACUGCCACUGAUAGAGAGUUGAAUGCUGUGAAUUCAGAGCAUGAUAAAAAUAUACAGAGUGAUGUAUGGAGAAUUGAUCAACUAGAUAAACACUUGUCAAACCCAAAACAUCCAUAUAACACCUUUGGAACAGGAAACAAUCAUACAUUGGUAACACUUCCAAAGGCUAAUAAUAUCAAUGUGAGAGAUAAAUUGUUGGAAUUUCAUGAUAAGUGGUAUUCUUCAAAUAUAAUGUGUCUGGCAGUACUAGGAAAAGAGAGUCUUGAGGAGUUGGAAAAUAUGGUUGUAGAGUUAUUCUCCUCAGUUUCUAAUAAAAAUGUAGUGGAACCUAAAUGGAGUGAACAUCCCUAUGGAGAGGAUCAAUUCAAGACUGCUGUGUACAUUUCACCAGUCAAAGAUCUGAGAAAUUUGAACAUUGUCUUUCCUUGUGAGGACCUAACAGAAUUUUAUAAAUCAGCUCCUGGUCACUACAUCAGCCACCUGAUGGGACACGAGGGCCCCGGCAGCAUUUUGUCCGUCCUCAAGGCUAGAGGGUGGUCCAACAGUCUAGUGGCAGGAAGCAAGCCGUCCCCUCGAGGGUUCGGCUUCUUCGGGAUCGCAGUCGAUUUGACCGAGGAGGGAAUCAAUCACGUGGACGAUAUCGUCAAAUUGGUGUUUCAGUAUUUAAACAUGUUGAAACAAGAGGGCCCUCUGAAGUGGGUCCAGGACGAGAAUAAAAACAUCGGACAGAUGGUGUUCAGAUUCAAAGAUAAGGAAUCGCCUAGAAAUUACAUAUCCAGCUUGGUCCAUAGUUUACAGGAAUAUCCAAUGGAAAAUAUUUUAUGUGCAAACUACAUGUUGUCAGACUGGCAACCGGAGAUGAUAGAAAAGAUAUGGAAUAAUUUUGUUCCAGAAAAAGUGAGGAUAUCUGUUAUUGCAAGGAAGUUUGAGAAUGAACUAGACGAGGUGGAACCUUGGUAUGGAACGAAAUACAAGAAAGUCGAAAUCCCAGACGAAACUAUAAGGUCGUGGAUGAAAGCUGGUCUUUGUCCGGACUUGAGAAUGCCGGAAAAAAACGAAUUCGUCCCUACGGAUUUCAAUUUGUAUCCCAUCGAUGAAGAUGUAACCGAGUUUCCAAUCAUAAUAGAAGAUACUCCUUUGACUCGGGUAUGGUUCAAACAGGAUGACCAGUUUUUGUUGCCUAAGGCAAAUUUGAUGUUUGAUUUCGUCAGUCCUUUGGCUUAUCUGGACCCACUGAACUGUAACCUGACUCACAUGUUGGUACAACUUUUCCGGGAUGCCCUGAACGAGUACGCGUAUGCUGCCGAAUUGGCAGGUUUGAAAUGGGAACUCAUCAACACAAAAUACGGUUUGAUCCUUGGGAUAGGCGGUUACAAUAACAAACAGCAUAUUUUACUGCGGAAAAUAAUGGAAAAACUGGCUAAUUUCAAGAUUGAUCCCAAACGAUUUGAAAUCAUCAAAGAAAACUAUAUUAGGAAUUUGAAGAACUUUGAUGCUGAACAGCCCUAUCAACACGCAGUUUAUUAUUUGACUGUUCUGCUGACUGAACAUUCUUGGACCAAACUCGAACUGUUGGCAGCUACUGAUCAAAUAACGAUCGAACGAUUGGAGUCGUUCAUCCCUCAGGUCCUUUCCAAAAUCCACAUCGAAAGUCUCGUCCACGGCAACGCGAACAAAGAGAAGGCCUUGGAAUUAGUGCAUAUAGUAGAAGACACUCUAGCGGCAUCGAUGAGCAUGUCGCCAUUGUUGCCGAGACAGUUGCUGCUCAACAGAGAGCUGAAGCUGGAAGAGGGCUGCCACUAUUCCUACGAGGUGCAAAAUAAAGUGCACAAAUCCUCUUGCAUAGAACUUUACUACCAGUGCGGAUUGCAGACGAAAGAGAACAACAUCAAAUUGGAGUUGUUUGCUCAGAUCAUUCAAGAGCCUUGCUUCAAUAUACUACGCACUAAGGAACAAUUGGGUUAUAUAGUGUUCAGUGGUGUUAGAAGAUCGAAUGGUGUUCAAGGUUUGCGAAUUAUUAUUCAGUCUGACAGACAUCCCAAUUAUUUAGAUUCUAGGAUAGAAGCAUUUUUGGAAAGUAUGAUGGAUUAUAUCAAAGAUAUGAGCGACGACGAAUUCCUGAGGCAUCGCGAAGCCUUGGCCGCCCAAAGGCUGGAGAAACCCAAACAGUUGAGUUCGUUGACCAACCGGUUUUGGCUGGAAAUAACCGCUCAACAGUACCACUUCGAUAGAGUCAAUGUCGAGGUGGCGUAUCUGAAAACUUUGACCAAAAACGACAUCAUCGCAUUUUACAAUGAGGUGCUGAAGACGAACGCGGCAAAAAGGAAGAAACUAGCAGUUCUGGUCGUCUCGUUGGCCGAGGGCGGAGCCGGUCGUACGAAUUCUACAGAGUGUCCUGCGCAAGACGGCCCGGCCGACGUCAUUAAUGACGUCACCGUGUUCAAGAGCAGCCACGAGAUGUAUCCUUUGGUGCAGCCGUACAUCAAUAUCACUAGGAAAGGCAAUAAGUGUAAACUGUGA